CGGAUGCGCGGUGUGGUGGACAUCGUACUGAGCAGUACUAGCGUGGAUGGUCCUUGCAGUUACCUACCAGUGAUGAUGUUGUCGUGAUCGACUCCAGCCGUUGGAAUGGCGUUCAAUCUCCUAUUUCUUAGUCUACCAAAAACCCGACAGAAAGCAAUCGUUCCCAAAGUCUCAGCUUCGAUUUCUCAGUCCAUCAUGUCCAAGGCAAAAUCUAGCACCGUACUAGAAGUGGAAGACGAGGAACAACGGCAGGAUCGGAUUCGUACUCUCCUCGAGAGGUUGAACGAAACGUCGAAGGCCAACGCAGCCAGGGAUACCGCUUCUGGCCCCAGGAUUCCUGGGAUUUUGGACUGCAAAACCCAUCCAAUAGAGCCACCCACGGAACUCCUCUCUCGCGUCCAGGCCUUUCUCCCGGCCCUUCGUGAGUCUAACGAGGCUCUCGCUCAACAAAACCCAGAGGACCUGGACAUCGAAAACAUAGGAAAGGACGAAGAACAAUAUAUCGAGAUGAAUCUAGGUCUAGGGGUGUUCGAAGCGAAACGUAGAAGGAGGAACGUGUCCAAUGAUGACUCGGGCAUCCUCUGAGUCUUCAGAUAGAUCGCGCCCGCCUUCCUCUCCUUAAUCAUCUUGAGGCAUGUCGCCUCUGUACCUACAAAAUCACUUCCCACUACAUAAGUUCCUCUACACUCCCAUCCCCCACCUGUACAUACGAUGAUCAAGGCCACCUGUUUGC